AUGGGAAUUUCAGCACAUCUCUGGUUCUCUCUUGCACCUCUGAGACUCCGACUGACCAUCUAUCCUGCUCACCGCAUUUCGGCCGGACCGACUUCGUCAACGCAGAAACCACAAUCAGAUCUGAAUACCAGAGUGCAACAGACCACGAUCCUACCAGCCACCAUGCAGCGCAUCGCCAGGUUCUUCUCCAGGAAGAAACCAGACCACCAGUCGACGGAAGUCCUCUUCGACCACGACCAAACGCUCCACGCCCAAGAGAACUCAACUCCACCCGUCAAACCGUCCUCCGACCUCUCCCAAGAGACCCUCUACAAUGAAGUACGUCGCCCCUCCCUCGCUGACAGCGAGGACUCCACUUGCCAAAGCACCAUAACCCUCCUCUCCUCAACGCACUACUUCCUCAAAAAGCUCGGCAACGGCAUCGAUGCCGCCGUCUAUGCAAUCAUUCCUCGAGACUUCGCUGAUUCUUUCGUCGCAGGGCUCACUGAUGCUACGCCGAAAGACGUGGCGCUAGAUGUGCUUCGCAAAGCCGUGAUCGCCGUCAAGGUCGCGAAUGGACCGCUCACGGGCCCCGGCAAUGCCAAGGCAGCUAUGGAGACGGAAAUCCGAGCGUUGAAGGCUCUAGGUAACGGGAGGAUGCUUGACUGUGACGAGGGCGGCGGGACAUGGUGCACUAUGCUGAUGAUCACGGGCGGCACGCUACAGCAAUUCUACGGCUGGCUUUGUCGCCAGGUAACGCACAAGCCCAUGCUGAUGCCAAAGUGCCUCGUGUAUCACCUACUAACAUCCCUCGCAGAAGCACUCCUAGCCCUCCACGCCGAGGGCAUCACGCACGGCGACCUCCACCCGGGGAACAUCAUGCUCCGACCCAAACCUUCAAGCGACUGCUACCCCGACGUCGUCAUCGUGGACUUUGGCCACGCUGCCAUCAGUCCGAAGAGUAAGCGCCUCGUACGGUGGAGAGAGGUGGACGAUUUUGAGAGUAUGUCGACUUGCUUGGCGAUUGUCUUUGAUGUAGAGGAGGUUGGGUUCUUGCAUUCUUUCGCUAGAAGGAUCCGGGAGAUGGACGGUGGGGAGACUCCGCAGAGUGUGCUUGGGGAGGUGGUUGAAUGUGCUGGGGCAUCGAGGCAGCGCUGGCAGCGCUUGGAGAAUCCUGUGCCAAGUGCAAUGGGCGAGGAUCUCGCGGGUACAACGAUUACGGACGGGGAGUUGGAGCGGACGAUUCUGGGGUUGGAGGGGAGGUGGUGA